AUGUCGAACGCAAAAGUACUACAGUUGCUCAAUUCCGUUAAAGCUUUCCAUGUUGAUCUGGCAACGCGAGACAUACUUGCCGCUCUUUCGCAGUUUCCUGACCUGGUUCCGAAGAUAAGCCCUUUCGCCUCAGAAACUUCGAGGGAGCUUCACCACAUGUUUUGCUUGAACGGCACUAUUGCCGUACGGUAUCAUGAUACUGUCUAUCACAUCCCGAUAUCCGUGUAUUUAUCUCAGAACUAUCCGUUUACUGCCCCAAGUUGUUUCGUGUCUCCUACAUCAGAUAUGGUCAUAAGUCCUUCUGUUAACGUGGACGCCAGUGGCCGGGUUUACCUGCCGUACAUCACCGAUUGGAAACACCCUCAGUCCGAUUUGGCGAGUUUGCUUCAAGUUAUGUCUAUAAUAUUUGGCGAAAACUGUCCGGUGUUUACAAAAACACGUGGAUCAUCUAGCCGGCCACCUGUCCCCGGCAGUCAGCCACCACCUCCUUACCCAGUGUCAGGUUAUCCUUUUCCGGCAUCGGACGCAGCGGCACCCAAUCGGCCGCCUUAUCCCACGGGAAACGUCAGUUUUGUGUCACAAGAAGGUUCCGCUGGCAUCCAGUGGCCAUCCGGUACGGGAACUAUUCAACCCGAACAUAUCCGUGCCAGUCUGUUGUCAGCUGUGGAAGAUCAGUUGAGGAAGAAAUUAAGGGAGAUAAUUGGGACAGCGAGUGCUGAACUGCAAUCAGUCAAAGGUAUGAAGGAAGAGCUACUUGAAGGACAGCAGAAACUCCAGGACAUUUUGAUGCGAAUGGAAAUGGAGCAAACACAGCUUGAUAACUCGGUCACUUACUUCGAGUCGCAUCUGAAGGAGAUUGGCCAGCACAUAGGAAAUAUAACGAAAGAUGAGGACGUCAGUAUUGACGAGACCAUCGAUACGACUGCUCCUUUGUACAGGCAGUAA